GACCUAAAUGUCAAUGUGACCGUUUACCUCGAUGUUCAUGGUAGGGGAGGCCGAGAUGUGCAGCCUGGCGGCGCUUGCGCGCGGCUGCCGGCCCGCCGCCAAGCCGUGCUGCCUCUGCUGGUGUUGCUGCUGUUCUUGUUCCUGGGCAAAGUGCCUGGCUGCUCGCGGGUCGGAGGGAGGUCCCGGCAAGAAACCCCGGGAGCCUGGCCCGCAAGACCCACUGCUCAACGACGGAGAUGCGCCGCCGACGCUGGAGGAGGUCCAGAGCUGGGGGCAGUCAUUUGACAGACUCAUGCGCAGCGCAGCCGGGCGCAAGGUGUUCCGAGACUUUCUGCGCGGCGAGUACUCGGAGGAGAACAUCAUGUUCUGGCUGGCGUGCGAGGAGCUGAAGCGGGAGACGGACCCUGAUGCUGUCGAGGAGAAGGCUCGCUUCAUAUACGAGGACUACAUCUCCAUACUUUCACCGAAAGAGGUAUCCCUGGACUCUCGAGUGCGCGAGGUGGUGAACCGCAACAUGGUGGAGCCCACCCCGCACACGUUCGACGAAGCGCAGCUGCAGAUCUACACGCUGAUGCACCGAGAUUCCUACCCGCGCUUCGUCAACUCACCUCUGUAUAAGAUGCUUGCACAUGUGCCUAGCUCGCCGGCCGCGUCGCCGCAGUGAAGCUAUGUUUGUGUACUGAGUGGACUUUAGAGUGGAGCGUU